CCCGCCAGCAUAUGCACGGACCAUUCCAGGAGGGAGAGGCAGCAGCGGCGCAUAUUUGAAUGUUGCCGGGACGAACCUCGGCAUGUGGCCUUGGUCUGGGGAAUUUGCAUGACGGGGGAGGCCGAAACGUCAGCCCCUGUUUGGCUCUGAGUCUGAUGCUGCUGGUGCUGAUGCCGAUGCCCGUGAUGCGCCCAGCAGUGGCAGCAGCAGUAGCAAAACGUGUUUUACUUGAUACCUAUCAAGUGAACUAUUGGCCUUUGCCCUGACAAGACUUCGCACUGACAAGACAUAGAACAUUCCAUCGCUUGUCGUCGACGGAUUCCUGCAUCGCUUGGUCCAAUCCGAUUCUGGCUGGAGGGGUAAACGGCCGAGCUCCCCUGAUUGCGACAGCCCGCCCAGUACGACAUACCCCGUAGCAGCAGCAGCAUGCAUGUGCUCCAAACCUUGGCACACCAUUAAUCCAUCUCCAGUCCCGUCCGUCGGAACACUCCAACCGACGCUUGCUUUUGCGCGACGCGACCAACGACAGUUGAGAACAAGACAAAAUAACCUUCUCUCCAACCCACGACGGCAACAUAACCGACCGCCCUCUCUUUCGCAUCAACAACAACAUACAGCAACUCUAUACUAUUACCACCACCACCACCACCACCACCACCACACCGUCGCCACCAUGGUCGCCGACGCGCUCAUCUACCACCCUUCGGUGUCGCACUACCUCAAGUUCGUCGCGACCACGGUCGGCCGCGACAAGCUCCUGCGCACCAUCCAGUACUUUGCCCGCUUCUACGCCUGGUACCUGCUGCGCACCAACGGCACCCCUGCCGUCGUCGCGCCCUGGGACGCCCUGAAGAAGCAGUUCGGCCUGGUGCGCAAGGUGAUGCGCGUCGGCAAGAACAUCGAGCACGUGCGCGCCGCCGCCGCCGCCGCCGACGCAAAGGCCGCCGACCCCGUCGUCCGCUACACCUCGAUCGGCCGCCAGCUCGGCUACGCCGGCUACCUGACCUUCGACGCCGCCACCGUCCUCGACGCCGCCGGCGUCCGCCGCUCCCCGCGCGCCGCCCGCCUCCAGCGCGAGGCCUACCGCUUCUGGGCCAUGGGCCUGCUCUGCAGCGUCUCGGCCCAGCUGUACGCCCUCUACCGCCUCAAGGAGCGCGAGGCCAGGGUCGACCGCAAGGAGGGCGAGGGCGUCGUUGAGGGGAAGAGGAUCGCCCUCGAGAGAACCGCCGCCCGCACCCAGCUCCUCUCCGACCUGUGCGACCUCACCAUACCCUUCUCGGCCCUCGGCUGGGUCGGCCUCGACGACGGCAUCGUCGGUAUCGCGGGUACCGUCAGCAGCGUCCUGGGCGUUAUUGCCCAGUGGAAGAAGACGGCGUGAGCCGGGCGAGCGGAGCGCGCGCGUUUUCGCCCCCCAUACGAACACUGGGUCAGAUGCAAGAUCAACCUCGGGACGGCUCGGAGGAGCAUCAGGGCCGUGAUUUGGGGUAAUAGGGGUUUCUAGGAGGCUAUGAAUGACUUUUCCCGGGGGCAGUGUUGGUUAUGCUCGAUUCCUUGUCCGCUGGGCUUUGCAUGUUCUUGCGCUGCUGGUUCUCGUCCUUUUUUCUUAUUUCUGCCGUCCCCUCCGCGUCCCUUGCCCUGCCUGCCUGGAUCGAACACGGGGUCCUGGGUCGACGGCAGAGCCGCGAGCAUGUACAAUGUUGUGUAUAACUGAUUUCCUUUGUGAUGCGGAUUCCCAGCCUUGAGGUCAUGACGCCGGUCCUUUGCAUAUAGUGCUUCCAUUUCCUUUUCUGGGCAAACGGGCGUUGACUUGGCUUUUGAAAUCCAUCCUUGUGUCUCUUGAUAUCUCCUUGUUUUCUCGUUUGAUAUUGGCUCCCCC